AAGGAUUUGCCCACUCUUCCCCUGCGGAAGAGCCUCGCCCGCCUCCUCGAUCCCUGACACACCGAAUCCAGAUUACCCGCGAGCCUCACGGCACGGUAGCCAUGGCGUCCGCUCUCCGAGUCCUCAGGCGAGACGCCGCGCCGAAGGCCUUUCUUCCCCUGGCCGCCGCGCGCCUAUCAACCUCUCUUCUUGCCACGAGAGCCGUUGGAACUCAGCCCCCGAGUCAAAGCCACGGUCUAGAUUCGAUAUUUCCGAAGUCUGGAUCAGAUAGAGGCGCGGGGAUUAGGUGCUCCGGGACAGACUGCGACCUCGAAAGGGUUGCACCGCCGCUGCCACGUAUCGACGAACUAUGCGACGCAAUCGGAUCGCGAUUCGAUCUCGCAAGAUCCGCCAGAUCUACUCACGGGGCUAUCAUCUGGCAAACGAGAGGUCUCCCCGCUUGGAACGCCCGUCAGCCGGAUUCCCAGCAGAAUCCGUCAACUGCCUUGCGACACGUGGCGCUUCUCCAUUCGUCCUCCGUCGCACACAUAACAAGUGGCGGGGGCGAGUCGACGGGAAGCAGAGAGGGCUCCUCUGGGGCAGCAGCAGGCCACACCGACCCCCACACCUCGUCUGCUGCAGCAGGAGGAGAAGGCGUGGGAUCUCAGGGGCAUGGCGAGAGAAGCAGUGAUACCGGCAGCAGCAGCAGCAGCAGCAGCAGCGGCGGGGAGGAUGGCGACAGCGUUAAGGCUGCAGUGCUGCAGGCUGCUCUCACUCACGUGUCCGCCCUGGGGUGGAGCAGUGCGGCGCUGAUAGCAGGCGCACGAGACCGCGGCCUCUCGCCCUCCGUGCUGGGGAUGCUGCCCCGGGGGGAGGCGCACCUGGUGGAGUUCUUCAUGGACCGGUGCCGCAAGCAGUUCGAAGCUGAGUUCCCCCACACGCCGAUCGCAGUCGCCACCGCCGCACCCGGCAGCAGCAGCGGCCCUGGGCAAGGCCACCCACUCAGCUACGAGGCGGAGGAUUCCUUGGCUCUGCAGAGCCGCAUGGCCGCUGCCAUCCGCACACGGCUGAAUAUCCAGGCGCCUUACACGUCCACGUGGCACCAGGCUCUCGCCAUUCAGGCGCGUCCGUCCAACGCGUGCCACGCGUUGCGGCAGCGGCGGCAGCUGGCGGCGAGCAUGUGGAGUGCGGUGGGCGUGCGGUGCAGCGACGCGCAGCUGCUGGCGUACCGCGUGCUGCUGGGGUCCGCGUAUGCCGCCGCGGAGGUGCACAUGCUCACUGACUUCUCGCCAGAUUUCCAUGACACGUGGCGGUUUGUGGACCGUGAGAUGCAGGCAGCGUUCCAGAUGAAGGGGUCAGCAGACAGGCUCGUGUCCCAGGCGUGUGACAGCAUCCCCGCCAUCAAGACCGUUCUCUCCAUCCUCUCCAAGCCGCCCAAGCCUUCUGCUGGUCAGGCGUAGCGUGCAGCACAUCCGCUUCGUAUAGUCGCUUUAUCUACCAACAUGAAGUAAUCAGUGUUGUUGGUACGACUUGACUCGACGAAGCAAGUACCUACUGGACUGGAUGAGCCCUUGGUGCUGGUUGUGUGCGAAUCAAGGUCAGUUAAUAAUUAGGUACCUGAGGAAGGGUAGCUGUCCUUCUCUGUGAAGAUAAUAUGUACAAAAUCCAAGCAGUUCUGGC